UGGGCGGCGGCGGCCUCGUACACCCAGCUCACUUGCGCUGCGGCCGCCGGCGCUGUCUGUCCCGCUCGGAGUUGCUCGGCGCGCCAGCUGCCCGCCCCGCCGGCCGCUCUGGCCCGCGGCGCAGAUGGCCGUGCGCGGCGCCAACACCUUGACGCCCUUCUCCAUCCAGGCGAUCCUCAACAAGAAAGAGGAGCGCGGCGGGCUGGCCGCGCCAGAGGGGCGCCCGGCGCCCGGAGGCACAGCGCUGUCGGUGGCCGCGGCGCCCGCUGUCUGCUGUUGGCGGCUCUUUGGGGAGAGGGACGCGGGUGCGCUGGGGGGCGCCGAGGACUCUCUGCUGGCGUCUCCUGCCGGUACCAGAACAGCUGCGGGGCGGACUGCGGAGAGCCCGGAAGGCUGGGACUCGGACUCCGCGCUCAGCGAGGAGAACGAGAGCAGGCGGCGCUGCGCGGACGCGCGGGGGGCCAGCGGGGCCGGCCUCGCGGGGGGAUCCUUGAGCCUCGGCCAGCCGGUCUGUGAGCUGGUCGCUUCCAAAGACCUAGAGGAGGAAGCCGCGGGCCGGAGCGACAGCGAGAUGUCCGCCAGCGUCUCAGGCGACCGCAGCCCAAGGACCGAGGACGACGGCGUUGGCCCCAGAGGUGCACACGUGUCCGCGCUGUGCAGCGGGGCCGGCGGCGGGGGCGGCAGCGGGCCGGCAGGCGUCGCGGAGGAGGAGGAGGAGCCGGCGGCGCCCAAGCCACGCAAGAAGCGCUCGCGGGCCGCUUUCUCCCAUGCUCAGGUCUUCGAGCUGGAACGCCGCUUUAACCACCAGCGCUACCUGUCCGGGCCCGAGCGCGCAGACCUGGCCGCGUCGCUGAAGCUCACUGAGACGCAGGUGAAAAUCUGGUUCCAGAACCGUCGCUACAAGACCAAGCGCCGGCAGAUGGCCGCCGACCUGCUGGCCUCGGCGCCCGCCGCCAAGAAGGUGGCCGUAAAGGUGCUGGUGCGCGACGACCAGAGACAAUACCUGCCCGGCGAAGUGCUGCGGCCACCCUCGCUUCUGCCACUGCAGCCCUCCUACUAUUACCCCUACUACUGCCUCCCAGGCUGGGCGCUCUCCACCUGCGCGGCCGCCGCAGGCACCCAGUGAACCGGCCUGGGCUGAGGCAGCGAGUGAUUCCCGCGCUCCGGCUCCGGACCGCCGCUGACAGCUGUAGGCUGUAGUCUGCAAGGGGCGCCCCGCCAAGGAGGCACCUGGAGGUGAAACCCAGCUCCAGCUCCCCUUAGCCAGGACUUGUCCCCUGACAGCUGGGCUGAGUCUGCCCCGAGGGGGCGCCUUUUUCUAAUUUGAACAGAGGCACCCUAUGGCCUAGGGGCCCUGAUCGCCCACCGGCCUGGAAGCCCCUGGGCUCUAUUUAUUAUCACAACAAUGUUGGAAUUAAAUUUGGAUUCGAAUAUGUCUGCCUGGGGGUGGGGUUUUCCCUGAGCGGGAACUCCUGGAGACCACAUAGCCUGAAUCCUCAGAAUUUCAGGCCUGCUGGGAGCUUUCUGCACUAGGCCACACUAGUUCAUGGUAUCCAUGCUACCAAUCUAUGUGUAUCUACAUACCUUUUAUUUUUGGAAAUUGCAUUUGUAACCAAGGAGUGCGAAACCCUGGCAGUCCCAGGCAGCACCAGGCCAGGGGUUGAUUUGAAACCCGAAGGAUUGGGUUUUCAGGCCCUCUGAUCCACCCCUCCUGUGUAUCAGAGCUAGGGUGGGGGCGCCCGAUUCGGGUGCUGAAUGUAAGGAGGGGAGCCUGCGAGUGUGGUGCAAGCCGGGGGGUCUCCACAUCUUCCCUCUCUGAAGUCCAGGUACCUGCACAAGCAGGAAGCGCCUGGGAGCCCCGGAAGGAGGAGAGCGCACACCCGGGCAACCCUCUGCGGAAACUUUCCUUCGUUUCUUUUUAUUUGUUUAAAGGAGGUUAAGACGUAUAGCACUUUUCAGUUGUUUGUAUUCAAAUGACGAUUAUUUUUAUACUCAAUGUGAAUAUCCCUGGCCAGCCUUUCCACGGCGCCCACCGCAGUGCAGCUGCCUGGCCCUCAGUCUGUACCUUCCGCCCUCUGCGACCCCUGUGCUCUCUGGCCCGGGACUCCCCUAUCCGCCCCUCACUUACCCUUAAACAGGUGAUCCCACCUGUCUUGCCAACCUCGCCGCUUUUCGCCUCCUUAAUGGCACUGUGCACUCAACUAGAGUAUUAACUGUAAAAAGAUUUGUGAAGUUUAGAAGCUCUAUUCGCUGUAUUUUUUCUUUAAUUUAUAAACUUUUAGUUUAACAUGCCCUCCUGGACGCCGCGUUUUCUCUGAAACUGUCUCUUUCUGACUUUGGGGGAACCAGUAAGGCAGGCUGGAAAUAGCUGGGGCUUUUUCCAACCUCUUUUCAGUCUUGGACCAAGGAUGCUUAGUCUGUCCUGGGAGCAGCCCUGCUGCCCGCCCACUCCUCAGGCAGGGUAUAAACCUGGGCAGCUCAGAAAAAUCAUGACUUCGGGGGCUUUGCAGGAGCCAUGGACGAAUCCCACUGAAACUGGGAACAAAUUCCUAGGAUUUCUCCCCAUCCUCCCCGUGAGCAUUGGUUUCAGAGCCUAGUAAGGGUCCAUGGUUGA